CAAUAAAUAUUUUUUUAAAAAUGUUUAUUGCUAAAUUCUUCCUGUUCCUAAAUGUCUUUACUUGAUUUGAAUUAAAAAAAAUUGAAAAUUGAAAUAUAAAUGGAAUGAAAUAGAGUAUGGCUAAUUGAAUAUGCUAAUAAAAUAUCUAAAAUGGUUGGUUAUAUAUUUUUUGAAACUAAAAAGAUACAAUUAAAGAGGUUCCGUUAUUUGAUAGAUCCCUCCUCCCCCCCUUCAUUUAAAAAUAAUGGUAAGUGGCUUUUCUCUCUUGAGUCUGCUGAUGCUGCCUCACUAUCGCUGCUCUCGUCAGCCUCUGCCUGCUCUCUCCUUGAGACUAGCAUCAUGCCUUCAAUGAAGUUGCAGCCUUCUGAUGGAGAGAAAUUUGAAGGUGAUGUUGAAAUUGCCAAACAAUCUGUGACUAUCAAGACCAUGUUAGAAGAGUUGGGAAUGCGUGAUGAAGGUGAUGAUGACCUAGUUCCUCUACCAAAUGUUAAUGCAAAUAUUAAAAAAGGUCAUUCAGUGGUGCACCCACCACAAAGAUGACCCUUCUCCUCCUGAGGAUGAUGAGAACAAAAAAAAGCGAACAGAUGAUAUCCCUGUUUGGGACCACGAAUUCCUCAAAGUUGACCAAGGAACACUUGUUGAACUUACUCUGGCUACAAACUAUUUAGACAUCAAAGGUUUGCUUGAUGUUACAUGCAAAACUGUUGCCAAUAUGCUCAAGGGGAAAACUCCUGAAGAGAUUUACAAGACCUUGCAUAUCAAAAGGGACUUUACUGAAGAAGAGGAAGCCCAGGUACAGCAAAGAGAACCAGUGGUGUGAAGAGAAGGAGAAGUUGUGCCUGGCACUGGAACACUGUAUGGCCUCACAAGUCUUGGUCUACCCACCAUAUGUUUAUCAAACUCAGUCAAGUGCCUUUUGUAGUGUGAAGAAACUCAAAGUAGAGCCAAGCAGUUGUGUAUUCCAGGAAAGAAACUACCCACGGACCUACGUGAAUGGUAGAAACAUUGGAAAUUCUCAUCCUCUCACAAAGGGUAGUGCUUUUCAGACAAAGAUAGCAUUUAACAGACCUCGAGGACACAACUUUUCAUUGCAGACAAGUGCUGUGGUUUUAAAAAACACUGCGGGUGCUACAAAGGUAAUAGCAGCUCAGGCGCAGCAAGCUCAAGUGGAGGCACCUCCGAUUGGGGCGUGGAGACCUAGGUUACAUUUCCUAGGAGGCCCUCAGCGAUGUGGAUUGAAGCGCAAGAGUGAGGAGUUGGAUAAUCACAGCGCAAUGCAGAUUGUCGAUGAAUUGUCCAUACUUCCUGCAAUGUUGCAAACGAACAUGGGAAAUCCAGUGACAGUUGUGACAACUACCACAGGAACAAAACAGAAUUGCACCACUGGAGAAGGUGACUAUCAGUUAGUACAGCAUGAAGUCUUAUGCUCCAUGAAAAACACGUAUGAAGUCCUUGAUUUUCUUGGUCGAGGCACUUUUGGCCAGGUCGUCAAAUGCUGGAAAAGAGGGACAAAUGAAAUCGUAGCAAUCAAGAUUUUGAAGAAUCAUCCUUCUUAUGCACGUCAAGGGCAGAUAGAAGUGAGCAUAUUAGCAAGACUCAGUACUGAAAAUGCCGAUGAGUAUAACUUUGUACGAGCUUAUGAAUGUUUUCAGCACCGUAACCAUACUUGUUUAGUCUUUGAGAUGCUGGAACAAAACUUGUAUGACUUUCUGAAACAAAAUAAAUUCAGUCCCCUGCCACUAAAAGUAAUUCGACCCAUUCUUCAACAAGUGGCCACUGCACUGAAAAAAUUGAAAAGUCUUGGUUUAAUUCAUGCUGAUCUCAAACCAGAGAAUAUUAUGUUGGUGGAUCCUGUUCGGCAGCCUUACAGGGUUAAAGUAAUAGACUUUGGGUCAGCCAGUCACGUGUCGAAGACUGUUUGUUCAACAUACCUACAAUCUCGGUACUACAGAGCUCCAGAGAUUAUAUUGGGGCUGCCAUUUUGUGAAGCCAUAGACAUGUGGUCAUUGGGAUGCGUGAUUGCAGAAUUAUUCCUUGGAUGGCCGCUCUACCCAGGAGCAUUGGAGUAUGACCAGAUUCGAUACAUUUCUCAGACUCAAGGUUUACCAGGAGAACAGUUGUUAAAUGUGGGUACAAAAUCCACAAGAUUUUUUUGCAGAGAAACAGAUAUUUCUCAUUCUGGUUGGAGAUUAAAGACACUAGAAGAACAUGAGGCAGAGACAGGAAUGAAGUCUAAAGAAGCCAGAAAGUACAUAUUCAACAGUCUGGAUGAUAUAGUGCAUGUGAACACAGUGAUGGAUUUGGAAGGAAGUGAUCUUUUGGCUGAGAAAGCUGAUAGAAGAGAAUUUGUUAGUCUGUUAAAGAAAAUGUUGCUGAUCGAUGCAGAUUUAAGAAUUACUCCAGCUGAAACGUUGAACCAUCCUUUUGUUAAUAUGAAACAUCUUCUAGAUUUUCCUCAUAGCAACCAUGUAAAGUCCUGUUUUCAUAUUAUGGAUAUUUGUAAGUCUCACCCAAAUUCAUGUGACACAAAUAAUCACAAUAAAACUUCAUUUUUAAGACCAGUUUCUUCAAAUAGUACAGCUAAUCUGGCAGCAAGUUUUACUAAACUCGGCACAUUAAGAAGUCAGGCACUAACCACAUCUGCACACUCUGUUGUGCACCAUGGAAUUCCUCUGCAGGCUGGAACUGCUCAUUUUGGUUGUGGUGAUGCUUUUCAACAGACACUGAUUAUCUGCCCCCCAGCUAUCCAAGGUAUUCCUACAACGCAUGGUAAACCCACUAGUUAUUCAAUAAGGGUAGAUAAUACAGUUCCACUUGUAACUCAGGCCACAGCUGUGCAGCCACUCCAGAUCCGACCAGGAGUUCUUUCUCAGCAGACAUGGUCUGGUAGAACACAGCAGAUGCUGGUACCUGCCUGGCAGCAAGUAACACCCUUGGCUCCUGCUACCACUACAUUAACUUCUGAGGGUGUGGCUGGUUCACAAAGGCUUGGAGACUGGGGGAAAAUGAUUUCACACAGCAGUCAUUAUAGCUCAGUGAUGCCGCAACCUCUUCUAACCAAUCAGAUAACUUUAUCGGCUCCUCAGCCAAUUAGUGUGGGCAUUGCACACGUUGUCUGGCCUCAGCCUGCCACUACCAAGAAAAAUAAACUGUGCCAGAACAGAGGUAUUUUGGUAAAACUAAUGGAAUGGGAGCCAGGAAGAGAGGAAAUAAAUGCUUUCAGUUGGAGUAAUGCAUUGCAGAAUACCAAUAUCCCACAUUCAGCAUUUAUUUCUCCAAAGAUAGCAAAUGGGAAAGAUGUCGAGGAAGUGAAUUGUAUAGAAACACGGGACAAUCAUAACUCAGUAGAGGCAAGAAAUUGUUGUGAAACAUCUGUCAGGCAGGACUCUGAUUCAUCAGUUUCAGACAAGCAGCGGCAAACCAUCAUCAUAGCCGACUCCCCAAGUCCCGCAGUGAGUGUGAUCACCAUCAGCAGUGACACCGACGAAGAAGAGACCACACAGAGACAUUCUCUCAGAGAUUGUAAAGGCAGUCUAGAUUGUGAAGCUUGCCAGAGCACUUUGAAUAUCGAUCGGAUGUGCUCACUGAGUAGUCCUGAUAGUACUCUGAGCACCAGCUCCUCAGGGCAGUCCAGCCCAUCCCCUUGCAAGAGACCUAACAGUAUGUCAGAUGAAGAGCAGGAAAGUGGUUGUGAUACUGUGGAUGGCUCUCCAACAUCAGACUCUUCAGGACAUGACAGUCCGUUUGCAGAGAGCAGUUUUGUGGAGGACACUCAUCAGAACACAGAACUGGUGCCCUCUUCCAACACAGAAACCAAGCCAGCUGUCUGUACUGUUGUGGUGCCACCAAUGGGACUAGAGAAUGGAUUAAAUGCCGAUGAGCAUAUGGCAAACACAGAUUCUCUCUGCCAGCCAUUAAUGAAAGGGCGAUGUGCCCCUGGAAGAUUGAACCAGCCUUCCACAGCGGGUGCGCGUCAGCAGAGACUGACAUCAGCAUUCCAGCCCCAGCAUUUGAAUUUCAGUCAGGUUCAGCACUUCGGAUCUGGGCAUCAAGAAUGGAAUGGAAACUUCGGACAUCGAAGACAGCAAGCUUAUAUCCCUACUAGUGUUACCAGUAAUCCAUUCACUCUUUCUCAUGGAAGUCCCAAUCACACAGCUGUGCAUGCUCAUCUGGCUGGAAGUACACACCUUGGAGGACAGCCUACCUUACUUCCAUACCCAUCAUCAGCUACCCUCACUAGUGCUGCACCAGUGGCCCACCUCUUAGCCUCUCCAUGUACCUCAAGACCUAUGUUACAGCAUCCAACUUACAAUAUAUCCCAUCCUAGUGGCAUAGUUCACCAGGUCCCAGUGGGCAUAAAUCCCCGCCUGUUACCAUCCCCAACUAUUCAUCAGACUCAGUACAAACCAAUCUUCCCACCACAUUCUUACAUUGCAGCAUCACCUGCAUAUACUGGAUUUCCAUUGAGUCCAACAAAACUCAGCCAGUAUCCAUAUAUGUGAAAACUCAAAAGGAGUAUAUUGAAGAAGCUCAAUGAUAGAAACAUUUGAUUAAAAAUAAAAACAUGGUAUUUAAUAAAUAUUAGCCAUGGCACAAGAAACUUAUUUUUGAAUCAUGUAGACUUGGGUGCAAUUUAAACAACUUUGAGCUUUAAAAAAAACAAACUCACUUUUAAUGUGUUUUGCACAUUUGGUAUAACUUGUCUUUGGUCAUGUUAUCUUCUUAUGUAGUAACUCUAGACAGGUGACUUAUGGGAGCAGAAGUCCAGUUUUGCUCCUGCUAUUUUUUAUAAAAUUGCCUUCUAACUAGUGCAAGACACGUCCACAUUUGGGAAGCCAUUCUGUGUACAGACUUAGAGCAACAGAUGCACAUAUGUCAAAAUUACAGCAUACCAGUGAAUUGUAUUAUCUGUGUCUUAGUGUAUAAAUGUGGGGUCACUUACCUAAGAAAUUGAGCUAUUGUUCCUUACAUUUGCAUGUGUCUUUGCAUGGGCAAAAUGUUGCCUCGACUUUGCUCUUAAAUGUUGUUCUAAUAAUCUCAGCUGCAUUGUAAACCGUUCCCACACAUAGUGCCUUAAAUAUUUGAGGUUGUUAAUGUUAUUACCUAUAUAUAAAUGUUGAGGACUGCAGCACUUAAAAGUCAGACCUACUCUUUAGUUUUCUUUUGAUAGAGUAAUGUUCAUUUUCGGUUUUGUGUGGUAUGAUUUCAGGUUGUAGCUGUUUUUUCCUUACUAAGAGGGCAGCAUGUUCGCGUAGCUGAAUUCUGCUCUCUGAAUUUUCAGAAUGACCUAGCUUCAAGAAAAGCAAGCAGUUAGUAGUGCUUAAGAAAAACUGAUUCAGUAUCUAAUGGAUAGUUGAUAUCUGUCACAACACAGCAUUUUAUAUACAGUUAAGUAAAACUGCUAUACAAUCUAAGUUUAUUUUGGGAGUGUUUGCUGUAUAAUUGGAUUUAAUAAAAUAUUUAGAGGUGCAGUAGGCAUGACUUUGAGUAGAUAAUGAAAGAAAAUGCAAAUUGCUCAUUGAUUCAUGAUGUGGUUUCAUCUUAGCUUGGGAAAACCAUGCAGUAUUUAAUAAGUAGUAGCAAAAUAUUUACUGUUGAAGCUUGAAAAGAUGUGAGUUCUUUGUGUGCAAUUUUUCAUUUAUGCAUGUGAGGGUUUUGGUUUUUUUUUUAAAGUAUUUUUACAUUGUAGUACUUGUUUGCUUGUUGGUGGUGUUUGCUUAUUUUUAAUACAUUCCGUCAGGGACAGAAAUUACAUGCAUUUCUUCCUAGGAAGUAUGUCUUGGGUUUUUCCUUUCUUACUCUCUCUUUCGUUUUUUUGGUGAUGGUGGUGAUGUUUAAAUGAAGUUGCUUUACAGCACCAAAGACUUAAUCAUCCAUUUCCUAUAUAAAAGGUAGCUACUUUUUGCAUAGACCUCAAGUAUAUUGUAGUGUAGAGGUGGAAUGUAAGGAAAGGUAUUAAACAGGCCGUGUUUUAGCUUAUGGGCAAGUAAUAAAUUGUAUCAUUUAUCUUGAAUGUAUCAUAGAUAAGCUGCUAUAUAACGAUUGCCACUUCAGAUAGCUGUGAAAUUAGGUGAUUAACUAGUUGUUACGUAGCCUUCUAAUUUCUGUAUAAGUCUAAUUACAUGAAAUAGAAGUUGGGGUUUUGAUUUUUUACUUUGCUUUUCUGUUUGGAGUGUCAUUGUAACUACUGUAUUGUAAAUGAUGGAAAAUAAUUGCAUAUGUUAUUUUGGGUGUGUUAAUUGCAUCAGUAUUUUAUCUAUUAAUGUUUGUGCUCAUCACUGCAUAUAAAAACUUGGAUGUAUCAAUGUAACUUAAUUUUUUAUUUUCAUACUGGCAUUGUAGACACUUGAGAAAGCUGUAUCUUGCAGGCUUGACUUAACUUUUUUUCCUUAAAAAUCUGGAAUAUAAUCGUACAGCAUUUACUGGAAUAAACAGUACAAAGCAUUUGAGUGUAAAGCUCUCCAAAUGUUUUGGAUUUAUAGCAUUUCUUUGAUAAAUGAAUUGCAUACCACUAGUACAGCUCUAGUACAGUGUUGACAAUAAGCUAAUGAUGGACAAACUUUUCUUUACUCCAUUAACACAAGCAGUGUUUUAUUUAAUAAUCAGUGAAAUAAAUGUGCCUGAAAUUGAUUUUAAAAUUUACAGUAUUAGAUCAUAAAAUAAAAACCAGCAGUACAUUUUUAGUCACACUGAAAAUGAAGGACUUAAUUUUCCCCACAAGUUUCAGUGUUUUUAGUAAUCAAUUCUAUGCAUUUUAUAUAAAUAGAAAUAUGUAUAUAUUACACAUAAAAAAGAGUAGCCUAAGAUUAAUUUAAAAGAUUAUUUACAGAUGGCAAAUUUAUGGAGUCACUAUUUAAGUAAACGUCGUUGCCCUCCACAGCCUUCUAAUUUUAUUUAUAUGGUCCAGCAGAUUACUGGUAUCUGUUCACUUCUUGGAAAAGAAUCAGUGCUGGCAGCGGAUGCACCAGAAACAGGUGCAAAGGAUCGACUGAUGUUUGUACCACAACAGGUACAAAACUGGCGCAGUUUGCUUUUUAUUCAGGGCCAUUUUCACUACCCUGAAAUGUCCUAUUUUCUGUUUUUCAGUUCCAAGACUACGAUGGUCUUGUUAAGUGGACAGUAAAUGAUAAACUUCAAUGUUUUCAUAAUAUAAUAGUAAUGCUUGAUAAAGGCAUACCCCAGUUAAGUACAUCACUCUGAACUGAUUCUAAUCAUGGGCUUUUUAUGUGUUUAAAAAUGAAAAAUGUUAAAAUCCUGUUAAAGCCUAAAGCAUAUUGACAAAAAAGGUUUGGAUUUAUACCUUCAUUGAAGCCAUUUUUACCAGUUUUCUUUGUUUUUUAAUACUUUCUUAAAUAAAACACUGCAUGAAUUUCAAGUUGCAUAUUUGCAUACUAUUUUAAUUUACAAAUUAUUUUUUAUCAAAUAUCCUGAUAUUUAGUUUACUUUUUUCUUCAGGGUGUUUAAGUAUGUUACUGUAGUAGCAAAGCCUUUUCAUUUUAAAAAUCUCUACUACUUAUUUUAAACUUUGUUUGCGUUAAGUAAAAGUUAAAUCAUACACUGCAAGGUGUAGGAGGAUUUGUUUUAAUGAACCAAUGAUAGAUUUGAUUACUAAGUUUGAACUGUUAACUGUUUAACAAUCUUAGACUUGUGGCUUUCUUUCUUUGGUUUGUUUGUUUUUGCUUUUCUAUGCUACACUAGUUUGCCAUGUAGCAAUUGCACUGUGCAAUAUUACAAUAAGGACUGGGAAAAUUUUUAUGGAUGUAAUGUCUAUUACGGUUUGCGAUAGUAUUUCUCUCUAGUUCUCAGUGAUUUAAAUGUGACCAAGCCUUCUGUACUUUGUCACAAAAAGCGGGUUUUCCAGGUGACUAUUUUGGUGAGUGUCAAAAUAAGAAUUUAUGGUGUAUUACUGUCGAUUCACUUUGAAUUAAAAUAUAUAUAUUGCAGCAAA